AUGAAUCCUCCGGAAUUCCAUGGUAGGCUGAAUCCUGUGAAGGCUCAGGAGUGGAUAACCGACAUGGAAAGGAUUUUUCUGAUAAUGCAUUGUAGUGAAGAAAAUAAGGUUGUGUUUGCUUCUCACAUGAUGAAGGGUCCAGCUGUGAGAUGGUGGGAGAGUGCUUCGACUCUUAUGACCAAUCAAGGAAUACCUAGAGAUUGGGAGCAUUUUAAGACUAUUUUCUUGGAUAAGUAUUUUCCUAGUUCUUUGAGGACUCAGAAAGAGUUUGAAUUUCAACAGCUCAGGCAAGGUACUAUGUUAGUAGUUGCAUAUGCUGAGAAGUUCAAAGAUAUGACUGCUUAUUCUAGGCAAGCUGCGUACGCACCGGAUGAGAGGUGGAAAAUUGAUCAGUUUCUUUUUGGUCUGAGGGGUGAAAUUUCUCAUAGUGUUUCUCAAAGGGAAUUCACUUCUUAUGCUGAAUUGUUAAGGCAAUGUUAUGUGGCUGAGAAUAGUUUGAAGAAAGUUCAAGAAGAAAGGUAUCAACACAGGAGUGGGCAGAGAGACCAAGGAAGGCCAGGAAACCAGUUCAAGCCUAGAUCUCAGGCUUUCAAGGGGAAACAGGUGCAACAUGCGAGACCUAACCAACCUCCUCAAUGUCAAGCAUGUAAGAAGUAUCAUUUUGGAAGAUGUGGUGUAAGCAGAAUUAGGUGUUUUACUUGUCAGAAGGAGGGACACUUGUCUAGGGAAUGCCCUCAGAAUAAGAAUCAGAUGCAGGGGAGGAGUACCGGUCGAGUUUAUACCUUGGAUGCAAGAAAGGCUAAGAGCAACAAUGCCUUAAUUGCUGGUAUGUGUCUCGUCAAUGAUCAUCCUUGUUUUGUAUUAUUUGAUUGUGGGGCGACACACUCUUUUGUAUCAAUUCGGUGCAUGAAGCGUCUUCGCUUGCAAGCAAUUCCCUUGUCUCCUCCUAUGGUGGUUACUACCGCCAUGGAUGAUAUGGUUGAGACACCGUUGAUUUGUGAAAAUUGUUCGCUCUCGGUAAAUGAUAGAGUUUUUCAGAUUGAUCUUAUUUGUUUACCACUUAAGAAGGUUGAUGUGGUUUUGGGGAUGGAUGGCUUUCCGCCAACUCGGUGUUUAUUGGUUGUGAAGAGAAGUUGA